AAUGUUGUGACGUGUACUGACAUCCCGGUUUUAAAGUUUCUUUGCUUUAGUUUUAUUUUAAUUUCAUAAAAUGGCUCCGAAGAAAAUAAAUAUUAAAGAACGUUUUACGGAUGGAGAAAUUGAUUUGAGCAUGUCGGAUCUGGCUGAAGUCCCAGUUAAAGAUAUUGCAAAUCUGAAAAAAGCUCGCACCUUAGAUCUAUCAAACAAUAGAAUAGUAUUGUUGCCUCCCACAUUCCCCACAUUAGUGAACAUCACAAAAAUUGACUUAAGUAAAAAUGAACUAACUGAAUUGCCUGAAAACUUUGGCGAUUUAGUGAGGCUGAAGUACUUGGAUUUGUUUCAAAAUAAAUUACAGUAUCUACCAUUGAGUUUUUACAAACUAAAGGAUUUGAAAUGGCUGGAUUUAAACAACAAUCCAUUGGUUCCUUCUGUGGCUGAAGUAGCUGGACAAUGUUCAGAUUCCAAACAGUGUCAGGAUUGUGCAAAGAGGGUGGUCAGUUUCUUUUCAAAGCUUCAACAACAAGUCCAAACAGAACUGGAAGAAAGGAACAGGCAGAGACUAAAGCAAUUGGAAUUAAAUAAUCAGAAAAAACAGGAGGAAAAGAAGAAUAAGAAAAAGGAAAAGCAAAAAAAUAAAGAGAAGGUUGAGAAAGUACAGGCUGUUGAAAAAGUUCCAUCAAACAAUGUAGAAAAAAUUAAAACGGAACCAAAGAAACCACAGGAAAAGUCAUCAACAAUGAAAUCACUCUUAAUAUUUGUGUUCUUUCUUUUUACAACAUUGUUUGUGUUAACUUCAGUUAAACUGAAACAAACUGAACAAUUUGAACUUGCAGUGAAGUCAGGAUUUAACAAAAUUGUCAUUAAUUGCCCUCCUACUUACCAGCAAUAUUUCAGUCAGUUUGCAAAUCAUGUUUAUAAUGUGCAUCAAAAGACUGGGAAUUAUACUAUGGAAUUUGUAAAUUAUGUUCACAAUGGUAACCUGCGAAAUGCUGUAACUGAUUUAAUUGACAAUGUUAACUUAAGGAUACAAACAAUUUAUAAUUCUGUAUUAAAUAACUAAAAUUUA